CAGUUCUAGUUGAUGAUUCUUGUUUUUGCAAAGUUUGUAUCGGCUGCAGUUUUCUCCUAGGUUGGUGACUAAUGGGUGAACCAGGCAAAGUAACGUGCUCUUCGUCCUAAAGAAUCUUCAUUGAGUCAUGGGUUAUGAUGUGAGAAAGAAUGCCGUCUGAUGCAAAGCCAUCAUGGUCUGAAGCCCUGGCGAGAGUUGCGCUGUGAAAAUGAGGACAAUGGCCUGUGCAAUGAAUUCAAUUACACAACAUAAGAGACCGUCUUCAUUCAGUACAAGCUCCUGCUCUGACGCACCUGGCCUCUGAACUCUGACCUCUGGCAUCAACCAGGCUCAGAGAAUGUAACUGUAUUUCACAUCGCUCUCUCUAAAUCCUGGAGGGUUGAGGGUGAGAAUCCCAUGAGGUCAGCAGUUUGUGAAGCCUCUCUGGCAUCAGUGAUCGAAUUAGCUGAUGAGGUCCAACCACUCGGACAGCCACUCGGUGCGCUCCACGGAGAGUGUGGGCGUUCGGCAGCCCGCCAAGAGCAAAAUCCGCCGGCACAACAACAGACUCUCGUCUGUCUUCAACUACAGUCCCAACCUGCGGGACAGCGGGCGACGUGGCCACCCUGUUGGCGGCGGUGGGCUCCAGGCUGUGGACGACCCGGCCGAACUUUCCAGUCAGAUGUCCGUCCCCGGCAUCCUGAAGAUCUUCGGGAGCGAUAUCUGCCAGGGCACCAACUACAAGAGUGUGCUGGCCACCACACAGUCCAACGCCAAAGAGCUGGUGAAGGAAGCUCUGGACAGGUACUGUCUGGAGAAAGAGGAUGCUGACGACUAUGUGCUGUGUGACGUCAUUGGCAAGACCUGCCCGGAGAACCAGUGGAAGCGGGAGUGUUUCCGCGUGGUGGGCGACAACGAGAAGCCACUCAUGCUGCAGUCGCUUUGGAAACCCAAGGAGGGCUUCUCCAGGCGCUUCGAGAUCCAGCUGCGGGCCAGCGUGGAGGAGCAGAGUCUGAAGGACAGAGACACUGUCACAGCAGGUAUCAACGCUCAGGCCCGCAAGCUGCAGAAGACUCGCUCCCGAGUGGCCUCCCUGUUCGUGGACGGCAGCGUGGAUGAUGUGGACAGCCUGGGAAUCUGGAGGAGCCUGAGCGAGAUGGACCUCAUGGCGAUGGGCAAGGAGGCGAGGCGAGCUCAUCAGACCACUCUCAGGGAGGAUCCCGAGGCCGAGGCCGACAAGGAAGUGCUGCGCCUGGGCAUGGAGAAGGAGGAGACGGAGAGCAGCGACGACAACAUGACCCAGUACUCCAUCCACCCGCCCUUCGACUUCCCCUACUUCCUGCUGCUGCACGGCUUCAACCACAGACAGGACUUCGUCAUCUAUCUCAUGAGUGGGACCACCACCAUCUUCGGCUGCUGCGGGGAGCACCACAACGGAGAGGACGAGGAGAGGUUGAAGGUGGACAUCCUCCUGUUUGCGCCGGACGUGCGACCCCAGCACUGCUGUGUGAGGCGGCUGGACGCUCAGUCGUCGGGCGAGGUCAAGAAAACGCUGACUCUGCUCAAGCCACUCCACGGCGCUCUGGUGACCCGGAAUGGUUUGAUUCUCAAAGAGGAGGUGGAACUGAACCCAGGAGACGUGGUGGGAUUGGGGACACAUUACUUGUUCAUGUUCAAAGACCCCACCUGCUCACUUACCCAGAUGCCCCCCUGGAUGUCAAGACUCUGUCCGAGCUUGGACACAAAGGAGCCAUCAUGUUUGUCAUGUGGCACCUCAGUCACCGCCAGGAAGCCCAAGAAGAAGGCUUCUCCUCCUCACUGGAGGGACCUGGAGGGGACACAAGCCGUGCUCCAAUAUGAGUUCGAGCAGGAGGAGAGGGUCCUGAAGGAGAUCUUGGACUCUGUCGACCCCGGCGGGAGUGAACCCAAGUUGACCGCAGCGUUCCUGUUCAGCCUGUGCAUCCAACAGUCAGUGUCCACGUUCGAGCUGUCGCACUUCAGGCAGUCGCUGCUACAGAUCACGAGUCGCAUCCAGCAGGUCAUGUGGGAGAAGACGAAGGAACUUGCAGCGGUGCAGCCAGAAACCUCGAGUGUCGGAGAGCCGGAUCAAUGCAGCACUCGGGAGCUGAUCUCAGGUCUGCAGCCGCUGGUGCUGUGGAUGGCCAACUCUCUCGAACUGCUGCACUUCAUCCAACAUGAAGUGCCACUGCUGCUUCCGUGCAGACUGGACCAGGAGCUUGAAACUACUUCAGACUCUGAGAUGUUGUCCACUCGGGCUGCCUGUGAGGAAGCCAUGACAGUCCUGGAGGAGGUCAUCAUGUUCACCUUCCAGCAGUCAGUCUACUAUCUCACCAAGAGCAUGUACUCGUUCCUGCCGGGCCUGCUGGAUGGAAACCCGUUCACGGACGGUGGCCAGCUACGUGCCCCGGAUGGACUGAACUCAGUCCUGGAGGUCCUGAAGGAGGCGCUGGAGCUCCUCGUCGCCUUCCAGGUUCACCCUGACAUCUCGCUUCAACUCUCUGCUUACCUGUUCUUCUUCAUCAACGCGUCGCUGUUCAAUGCCCUCAUGGAGAGAGGGUCUGUGUCAGGGUUCUACCAGUGGUCCCGGGGUGUCCAGGUCCGAGCCAACCUGGACUUGCUGAUGGACUGGAUCCAGAGCAUCAGUCUAGGAGAUGUUGCGGCCGAGUUCUUCCAGAAGCUUUCUGCGGCUGUCAAUCUGCUGGCCACACCCAAAGAAACCCUGCUGCAGGCCUCGUGGAGUUCGCUGAGAGCAGAGUUUGCCGCGCUGAAUCCCGCUCAGCUCCAUCACAUGUUGAGAGCGUACGGCUCUGGCAAGAGCUGUCCCAGGGGAUGGACUCCCACGCCUGAGGACGUGAAGGACGCCGUCAGGACGGGCGACAUCCUGGAGAGCUUUGACAACCACCCUCCGCUCAUCCUGCCCAGCAGCAGCUUCCACCUGGAGCUGAGUAAACCCAUCGGGGAGCCCGCUCUGUUCGAGCGGUUAGCUCGCCUGCAGGAGGUCAUACGCCAACCCGGCGGUGAAACCCAAGACGCAGGAGUGCAGGCCGCCGUCGUCACGAGCGGAGACUGCCGGUCUGUGACCUCGCCCUCUGACACAGACCCGCAGGAUGCUGCGUGGCAAGCGGUCUCCGACCCCGGUGCCCACACCUCUGCUGCAGGACCGGCCCGAGGCGCUCACCUGAGCAGCUGCGAGGCGGUGCUGACCCAGAAACUGAAGAGUCUGGAGCUGCAGAGCACGCUGCCGGGAAACGGCGACCAUCACAAGAGCCUGGCGCUGGACCCGUCCUGUCUGCUGACGCCGCCCAACACUCCGCAAGGAAUGGAGCUGGCCGAGCUGGAGGCGGAUCUGCGGGAGGGAGCCGGCCUGCAGAACCAAGUGGGUUCAGAGCGACAGCAGGAGAGUGGAGAAGAAGAGGAGGAGGUGUUCACAGUGGAGCUCUGCAGAGGACCUCACGGUCUCGGCCUGGCCCUGGUGGACGGCAUGAAGACGCCACUGAGGAUGAGCGGGAUUUACGUCAAGUCGGUGGUCCCCAGCUCUCCCGCCGCUCAGUGCCAGAAGCUGAAGACGGGGGAUCGCAUCCUGGCGGUGAACGGCGUGAGCCUGGUGGGGUUGGACUACAGCGCUGGGAGAGAGCUGAUCCGCUCCGCUGGAGACUCGCUGCGACUGCUGGUCGCAAAAAUCGACUCCAGCCACAAGGUCUCCAUUACGACCAAGUGCUGAAGGUAGUAACUGGAAGGACCAUUGAGCAGAGGUUCUAAAACCAAAAAAAGUGUGGCCCGUAAAUGUUGAUGCAGAGUUCCAUAGUCUUUGACCCUCACUCUAGGGGGUGUGGAGGGCCCAGUUGAACCAAACUCAAAAAAACCUUUAGCAUUUAACGGAGCUUUGUCUUGCGUGAGAACACAAAAUCAGAAAAGUGUCUCUCGAAAACUGACGGUCCUGUUGCUGGUUCCACACUAAAUCUUUUCUGUUGUCCUUGACUGAAAACAGUGUUCAAACAUAUCAAAGUGUUCUUUUUCUUAUAUUUAUAUUGAGCAGUAUUUUUGAAAUAAACACUAUUUUGACUUUGAAACUUUUGCUUUCAUUUGCU